AUGCAGGACGAGAUCAUAGAAAGCAUUCGGCGCUUCUCAGUGUCCGAUGAUCCGCUAUCGACUUCAACAGCUCAAACUUUUGUUGAUGCUUUCGCGCCACUUUGCUACGCUCAGCUCAGCACUACAUCGGAUAAGGCGCCGUCAUCAUCGAGCAAUGGCGUCUCUGCAGCGUCCGAGCUGAAGCAAGCUCGCAGUACAGCAUUGCUGACUCUCGCAUCGCGCUCUUCUUCGGCAACAGCUCCAACACUAAGGACAAAAGGUGCCUCUUCCCGUGCCGAGCGGAUCAACGAGAACCUUGGGCAGCUCUUGACUCCAGUCAUCCGAUCGAGACUCGCCGACACAACACCACACAGCCUUCUCUCGGCGCUGCACUUCUUCUCGGCUCUCUUCAGCGUCUUGCCCGCAGAAGCGCAUGACAUUCUUACCGCAGAUGGCAUUAUCGACCUUGUUCUCGAAGCUCCAGAUGCCUGCAAUGCUGUGACAAGAGCUACAAGCAACUCCUUGCCUCAGCUUCCGUCGGAUCAGGACCUCGUCAGUCUCGCCGUGGCUGAACUCAUCUCUUCAGCUUCCAACUCGGCAGCGACCAGAAAGUAUCUUGCAAGCCAGCAAGCCAUUCUGGAUUGGCUCGAUAUCAAUUGCCUACCGCGCAGCAGCUCUUCUAAUGCACACGCCAAACGUAAAUCGAAUGCGAUAGCUGCCGUUGCUGGAGUAGCCGAUAUCAAGGUCUAUCGCGCAGUCGCAGCGGAGGCUGCUCAGGGUCUGACUCAAGCUGCCUCGUCACAGCCCACCUCUCAGCAAGAUCAUAUCCGCAAGAUACAAGAGCACAAGCAAGAACGCAGGCGCAAGGACGAAUCUCUCUGUCAGAUUGUUCAGGCUGAGAUGGUAGCUGCUGCCUCAGAGCAGUCUGCGAGCAAAGCAUGUUCAUCGUCUAUUCAAGAGAUCCUUCAAGCCGACUACGAACGGACGGUCAAGCUAAGCUGCCUCGAGGUGCUAGCCUAUCUCACUGCUCAGCCCGCGUUCAAACAAAGAGUGGCCGAUGAUACAAAGCUUCUCCAAAUCCUGUGUGCCAGCUUCAGCGUCGCCCAGUCUAUGACGUCCGAUGACAAGCAGACUCUCGAUAUUGACAGUGAAAGAUUCGAUGGAGCACUCCAGCUCAGUCUUGCCACUAUCCUUUCUAACAUCACCGCAUAUCCACCAUCGCUUACUCCUGAGGAGAAGCAAGUGCGACGCCUUGGAAACUUUGCAAAUGCUCAAGGCAACAAGCAGGGUGACGACCAAGCGGACAAAGACGAACUGCUUGAAAAAGCUCAUGCUGUGGAGAAGAGAUGCAUUGCUGUGUUGGAAGCCAAAGGCGUCGAAACGAUCAGCGCGAUAGCUGUUGCUGGACCACCUCCAACAUCAAGCAAGUUUGCCACCGACUCGCAAGACUUUACCUCAGGCUGGAAAGUCAAUCCGAGUAAAAGUGUCCGCCGAGCCUGCGGAAAUUCUCUGUUAGCCCUCGUCACUAAACAGGAUCGAACGGUGCGGGGCAAAGCCGUACAACAGGGCGCCCUUAAAGCUGCGCUUGCCCUGUCCGCUCCAGUCCUGCACAGCUUGCUUUCAUUCGGCAAGCCUGAACAAAAAGAAGCAGCGAACGGGCUCUUUUCGCGCGCAUCUGGGUCUUCUGGUGCUGAAGUGACAUCGGAAGACCUUGCACCAUUGCAAGCGCUCGCCAAGCUCCUCAUCUCGCUCAACCCCAGCCUACUCUUUCCCUCGCAUGACGGACUCCUCUCAGUUGCGUCUGUCACCUGCAGUCUCUUGCUCUACCCCUCAGCUUCGCGCCUGCAGAAGUUCGAGGCGCUUCUUGCACUCACCAAUCUUGCCUCGCUUUCGCCAGAGGUUGGACUGAAAAUCGCUGCAUUCUCUUUGGACACAACGAAUGGCUACCAAGCUCAGCAAGCUUCACAGCCUUUUCACGGCACUUCUGUGCUCGCACAGGCAUGUGAACAGCUGCUCAUGGAGGAUCAUUCCAUGGUACGAAGGGCAUGGAUCGAGCUUCUCGUCAACCUCGUGCAAGUGGAAGAAGUGUUAGAUUUCUUCCUUUCAACCGGUACUACGAACCCUUGCCAAGCCGGAAGCGAUUCCAAACAGGAUAUUCAGAGCAGGGGCGAGCGACAGGACAGAGUCAGCCUGCGACUCCGGAUGCUUUUGGCUUUGUCCGAGGUGGAUGAAUGGGCCUAUGUAAAUCGCGUCAGCCCCGAUCAAAGCGGUAAGGCGUCAAAGUCAAGCUCGGAAAGUGCUGGUGGAGAGCCCUCACUGGCGACAAGACUGGCUUGCCUUGCCAUCUUAGCGAUGGUGACCGAGUCGAAAGCAGCCAUGAAUGCCUUACUAACACUUGAAAGACUUUUCCCGGUUCUGCUCAGUAACCUCCUUCUCGACCGAUCAAAAGAUGACGAGAGGAACCAGUGGGAGCGUGCUGACCUCCUUCCAGCCAAUGUAGAUGCCAGGCGGGGCACUGUUGGCCUGGAAGCUGAUGUGCAGCUCAAUGCCAUCAAUCUGAGUCUCCGCGCCAGCUAUGUACUCCUCAAUGUGCUUUAUCAUUUGAAAGAGAGUUGCGAUGGCGAUGGUGAUGGCAAUGGCAAUGACAACGACAAGCUGAAGGGCGGCUUUGAAAAGGGUGCAGUGCUAUCCGCAUUGCAGGACACACUUGGUCAUCACGUCGUGCAACUCGAGAAAGCAGCAGAGCCUCCUCACGUCGAAGAAAGUCGCAAAGGCUUGCUUCAGGUCUUGGCCGAGUGCCUCAAGCUUGCAAGAGACCUCAACACGGUGUAG